GAACGAGCCGGCGAACCCGCCCGAAGCUGCGUGUGGCAACAGCGAAGAAAAGAGCGCGAGAGGGUAAAGGGGUGAGGAGCGUGAAAGCGUCGGUACGUCGAAUGGUCAUCCUCGAAUGGUGUGGUUCUCGAGAGCAUCGUUAACGUUCUCCGGGAAGGUUUAUCGGUGACAGUGACGGCGGUGACGUUGGUCUCCGGGCGGAUACGCAGAAGCAGAAGACAGCUCGUGAAUAAUAGACACAAAGGCGAUCGCGGCGGUGGCGAAGGUGGGAGAAGAAGAAUCGGACGACGACGAGGAGGAGGGGCGGCGGAGGUGGUGAAGUAGGAGGUGAGAGGCGACGUGCGGCAACAGCGAGUGUAAGAUCGGUUUGUGCACGGUCCGUGCUGGUCUGUCUUCUUCGUGGUGUCGUCGUCACCGUCGGCACAGCCGAGGUGUAGCUACGUGGUCAGGCCGUGUGCGUGUUGCGGCAUCGGUGGGAUAGCUGACGGACGGCAGAGAAAGGAGGAAAAGCAGACAAGAAAAGAGUGAGAGCGAGCGAUAGGAGAGAGCGUGAGUGAGUGUGUGUGUGUGUGUGUGUGAGAGAGAGAGAGAGAGAGAGAGAGAGCGAAAGAAAGAGAGAGAGAGAGAGUGAGUGAGACGUAAAGGGAGGGAAAGGAAGAGAGAAAGAAAGCGCGAAGAACGGAACUAUCAGGGGAAACAAUCGACGGGCACACGUAAUCGACGGCGUGACUCCGUGAAGUCCGAUGUCUAGUGCUGAGGUGGCGGAGAGCUCCGUUGAUCCCCCAGCCAAGAAGCGACGCGUUGCUGCUGCCAGCACGACGGGACGUACCGACGACGAGCAGCCGCUGACGACGAACGCGGAUAUGGCGAAGGCUAACGGCUCCACGAAUAGCGGCUCUGGCUCCAGCUCCAGCACUAUGUCACGUGCCGGCGGCCCGGCGGAGAUCGAUGAGGGCCUAUAUUCGCGACAGCUCUAUGUGCUCGGCCAUGAGGCAAUGCGUCGCAUGGCUUCCUCGGACGUGCUCAUCUCUGGUUUGGGUGGUCUAGGAAUUGAGAUAGCCAAGAAUGUCAUCCUUGGCGGUGUCAAGUCAGUCACUCUGCAUGACGACGCUGUGUGUAAGCUGGCUGACCUGGGCUCACAGUUCUAUCUUACGGAGGCGGACGUAGGUAAAAAUCGUGCAGCUGCAUGCUGCCAGCGACUGUCUGAGUUGAACAACUAUGUGCCAACACGUCACUACUCCGGACCACUGAAUGAUUCAUACAUUCAGCAGUUUAAAGUUGUGGUACUGACUGAAACGUCGCUCUCCGAGCAGCAGCGCAUUUCGCAAAUCACUCGGGCUAAUGACAUUGCCCUGAUUAUCGCCGACACUCGCGGCCUCUUCUCUCAGGUGUUCUGCGAUUUCGGCGAAACAUUUACAGUUGUGGAUACCAAUGGCGAGCCGCCAGUGAGUACGAUGGUCGCUAGUAUAUCCCGCGACAGCGAGGGUGUCGUCACAUGUUUAGACGAUACACGUCAUGGGAUGGAGGAUGGCGAUUACGUGACAUUUUCUGAGGUGCAGGGUAUGACUGAAUUGAAUGGUUGUGAACCAAUUAAGAUCAAAGUACUUGGACCGUAUACCUUUAGCAUCGGCGACACUGCCAGUUUUUCCGAGUAUAUUCGAGGUGGCAUUGUAACGCAGGUGAAAAUGCCGAAGACCCUGCACUUUAUAUCGCUGGAGGACGCAUUGAAAAAACCCGAGUUCCUCAUCACGGAUUUCGGCAAGUUCGAUUAUCCGGAACAAUUACACUUGGCCUUUUUGGCUCUACAUCAGUAUGAGUCUGCCAAAGGCACGUUGCCUCAGCCGUGGAACCAGGCGGACGCCGAUGAGUUUGUCACAAUCGCCAACACAGUCAAGGAGACAUAUGGCUUCGAAACAGAGAUCAACAACGAGUUACUAGGCACCUUCGCCAAGGUGUCGGCCGGCGACUUAAACCCCAUGAAUGCCACGAUCGGCGGUAUCGUCGCCCAAGAAGUGAUGAAAGCCUGCUCUGGCAAGUUUCAUCCUAUAUACCAGUGGUUGUACUUUGAUGCGAUUGAAUGUUUGCCCGCGGAUCGUUCAGAGCUUACCGAGGAGGAUUGUUGUCCCACGGGAUCUCGUUAUGACUCUCAGGUGGCUGUUUUUGGUCGGAAAUUUCAAUCAAAGAUUGGUGGUUUGAAAUACUUUGUUGUGGGUGCGGGAGCAAUCGGUUGCGAGUUACUCAAGAACUUUGCCAUGAUUGGCGUAGGUGCGGAAAGCGGCAGCGUCACAGUGACAGACAUGGACUUGAUCGAGAAGUCCAAUCUGAAUCGACAGUUCCUUUUCCGGCCUUCCGAUGUUCAGCAGUCCAAAUCGUCAACAGCGGCGCGAGUGAUAAAGGGUAUGAAUCCGGAUAUGAAGGUGAUUGCUCAUGAGAAUCGCGUGUGCCCAGAGACAGAGAAGAUCUACAACGACGACUUCUUCGAAGUGCUAGAUGGCGUGGCAAACGCACUGGACAACGUGAAUGCGCGCAUUUACAUGGACCGCCGUUGUGUCUACUAUCGCAAACCUCUGCUCGAAUCCGGUACUCUCGGCACUAAAGGCAACACUCAAGUGGUGGUGCCGUUCCUCACCGAAUCGUAUAGCUCAUCGCAGGACCCGCCGGAGAAAAGCAUACCAAUCUGUACGUUGAAAAACUUCCCCAAUGCUAUCGAGCACACACUGCAAUGGGCCCGCGAUAGUUUCGAGGGUUUAUUCCGUCAAGCAGCCGAGAACGCCGCGCAGUAUAUCUCAGAUUCGCAGUUUGUUGAGCGGACGCUCAAGCUACCUGGUGUACAACCAUUGGAAGUAUUAGAGUCCGUGAAAACGGCGCUGGUCGACGAGCGGCCUACCAUGUUCGCUGAAUGUGUAGAAUGGGCACGUUGUCAUUGGCAAGAACAAUAUAGCAAUCAGAUCCGUCAGCUAUUGUUCAAUUUCCCGCCGGAUCAGGUGACCUCAAGCGGUCAGCCUUUCUGGUCCGGCCCUAAACGCUGCCCGGAUCCGUUGGUCUUCGACGUCAACGAUCCUCUUCAUAUGGAUUAUAUUGUUGCCGGAGCGAAUCUCAAAGCCAAAGUUUACGGAAUUCCCAUCAAUCGCGACAGGGAAGAAAUCGCCAAUAUCCUAGCCACCGUCAAGGUGCCAGAGUUUACACCUAAAUCUGGCGUAAAGAUAGCCGAGACAGACUCACAGGUGCAAGUGUCGAACGGCAGUGGUAAUAUCGAUCACGAGCGGCUGGCGCAAUUGCAAGACGAGCUACCAAAGGUAGAGGACUUGAACGGAUUGGCUAUCUACCCACAGGAAUUUGAAAAGGAUGACGACACCAAUUUCCAUAUCGACUUCAUCGUCGCAGCGUCGAAUCUGCGUGCAACUAACUACAAAAUUUCGCCGGCCGAUCGGCAUAAGAGCAAACUGAUCGCUGGUAAGAUCAUACCAGCGAUUGCCACCACGACGUCCGUAGUAGCCGGUCUUGUCUGCCUGGAGUUGUACAAGCUCACGCGCGGCGUGCGUGAUCUAGCUCUUUAUAAGAACGGCUUCGUGAAUCUAGCGCUACCAUUCUUCGGCUUCAGCGAACCAAUCGCUGCACCCAAACUCAAGUAUUACGACAUCGAAUGGACGCUGUGGGAUCGUUUCGAAGUGAAAGGCGAAUUGACACUCAAAGAAUUUCUCGACUACUUCAAGGAGCGUCAUAAUCUCGAGGUCACGAUGCUAUCGCAGGGCAUAUGCAUGCUCUACUCAUUCUUUAUGGCAAAACCGAAGUGUCAAGAGCGCAUGGGUCUACUAAUGUCUGAAGUGGUAAAGAAAGUGUCGAAGAAGAAGCUCGAGCCGCAUGUGCGUGCCCUCGUUUUUGAGUUGUGCUGUAACGACGAGGACGGGAACGACGUCGAGGUGCCGUACGUGCGUUACACUCUACCUUGACUCGCACGAACAACAUCAGAUCGCGCCAGAUGUCUACUUAACUGACUUAGCCAUAGUGAUUUCUACAAAUUUCUAUAUUUUACGAUAAUACCGCGUAAAAAACACAGAGGAGACGUAUCGAUCCUCGUAAACGUUUGUGUGAGGCACUCUCUUUUUCCUUUUCAUUUUCAUGUCUGAAGCGCGAGAUAUGAAUUCUUUAUUAUCGUCUAGAGUGCUUUAGAAUAGUAAUUUCGAGCAGCUAGCACGCGCGAUAGCGAGGUCAAUUCUCCAUUUAGGUUGUAAUGGCCGAGAUCCAUCUCUGCCAUCUUCUUUUCU